AUGAGCUCCCCUCUCACCGUCGAUCCGGCGCUCGUUGCCAAAGUGACCGACUACAUCAAGGUCUACAUGGCCAACUAUGACCCUUCGCACGACUACAGCCAUAUCAAGCGCGUGGUACAUCUCGCGCAGACGAUCCAGGCCCAAGUGCCCAACACGGAGCGCGACAUCGUCACCCUUGCGGCCCUCAUGCACGACGUAGGCGACAGGAAGUACCUCAAGCCCGGAGAAGACGCCUCACGCAUGAUCUAUACGGCCCUCACGUCUCUCGGUGCGUCGGAGGAGUUGGCGGAGAAGAUUCAGGUCAUCUGUCUGGGGGUGAGCUACUCGAGCGAGAUCAAGGACCUGGCACGUGUGCGGGAUCUCAUCAAACAACACCCGGAACUUGCCGUUGUGCAGGACGCCGAUCGACUAGACGCCAUUGGAGCGGUGGGCAUUGGACGAGUGUUUGCGUUUGGCGGAGCCAAGGGGAGGGACUUGGGGGAUUCGAUUGGCCAUUUCGAGGAGAAGCUGCUUAAGCUGGAGACUAUGAUGAAGACGGAUGUGGGGAGGGAGAUGGCGAGGGAGAGGACGGAGAGGUUGAGGUUGAUGCAGGAGUGGUGGAAACAGGAGACGGAGGAGGUUGAGUAA